AUGUCUCUAUCAGCCUUAGCACAAGUAUGUAUUGCAUCUAUAUUGUCUGAAGAAUUACUUAUUUCCACCAUCCUGGAUGGAGGGGGGACGGACGGCCGGCCCUUUUCAAGUGCAACCUACCAAAAUACAGAGAGAAGAAUAAGAUAUUGGCAUCUGAUCUUUCAUCCCAUCACCCUGAAACUUUCGGGCAAGGUCAUCAAGAACCGAAUAUAUAGGACGCCUCUGAGCGAGUACGCGUCGACGUACGAUGAGAAGGAUAUCGAGAAGACGGGCAUCCCGAAGGCUCGAUACGCAGAAUUAUAUCAAGUCCCGGAUACUCAAGUCCCGUUGUUUAAUUCGUCCACAGAACUCGCUGACGGCGGCGCGGGCCUCAUCUGCUUUGGCAACAUUCCAAUCGAUCGCAACAACCUGGAAAAUUACAACAAUGCGGUUCUGGACCCGCGCAACCCCUGGGACCCCGUCGCGGCAUUCGCCCCCGCCAUCCGCGCCGCCCGGUCUCGCGGCGCCCUGUGUCUCCCCCAACUGCAAUUCCCAGGCCGGCAGGUGCCUGAGUUUCUGAAUCCGCAGCCCAAGUCGGCAUCCGACGUGCAGCUCGGCCCAUGUCUGAACAAGACCUACGGAAAGCCUGUCGCUUUGACCAAGACCGAGAUCGCGGAGCUCGUGGGCCGCUAUGUCUGGGCAUCUGAGGUGCUGGCACAAGCUGGUGCCGAUGGAAUCAUUCUCCACGGCGCACAUGGAUAUAUUCUGAAUCAAUUUCUCUCACCUUUGACCAACCGGCGGACAGAUGAGUACGGAGGGAGUCUUGAAAAUCGCGCGCGAUUCAUCCUGGAGAUCGUCAAUGCCAUAAAAGCAAAGCUGCCGUCAGAUCAAUUCGUUAUUGCUGUCAAGUUCAACUGCCAGGAUUUCAUCCAAGGCGGCCAAUCCUUUGCCGAGCAAUGUGUGGUGAUCAAAUGGCUCGAGGAGGCCGGGGUCGACUUCUUUGACAUCUCGGGCGGUACGUAUGAGUCGCCGGCCUGGCGCGGAAACAUCAUGACAGAGUUGGCCGACCGGCCCUCGCAGAAGGCCCGGGGUAGUUAUUUCGUUGAGUGGGCGCAAGAGUUGAAGAAGGUUCUGUCGCGCGCUGUCAUCGGUACUACAGGCGGCUGGCGUGACAGCCAUCGUAUGGCCGAAGCCGUGGAAAACGGUGACGUUGAUAUGAUCGGGCUCGGUAGGACGUUGAGGGAGGACCCGUUCUUCGUCACCAAAGCCAUCAAAGGUGAGGUCAGGUUGAGCAAAUUGUAG